AUGAGAAACAUCGUGUAUACGUCUAUCAUCUUGCAUAACAUGAUAUUGGAGGACUCGGGCAGAGCGUUUUGUGGAGAAAGUUAUGAUGAAGGUGUUAACUUUAUUUACGGGAGGCGAUAUUUGACGAUCUCAACCGCUACCGACGUUCCACUUUUAUACAAGGCCCAUAAACGGAUACACGGGUUUCCUGGGAUGUUGGGUAGUCUGGGUUGCACGCACUGGGAGUGGCCGACAUGUCUAACCGCUUGGAAAGGACAACACCAUGGUGGUAACCACGAUAGUCCUACCCUAAUAUUACAAGCGAACGCUUCUCAAGAUUUAUGGAUUUGGCAUGCGUACUUUGGCAUGGCCGGUGCAAAGAAUGACAUUGCAGUUUUACAAUCUUCGAAUAAUUUCAACGACGUCAUAGAUGGUGUUGCACCAUAUACUUCACUCUAUGCAAACGACGUGGAGUAUAUGUAUGGGUACUAUCUUGUCGACGAUAUUUAUCCGGAGUGGGCGAUGUUUGUGAAAAGUUUUUCGUGUCCAGAUGACGUGAAAAGAUUGUAUUUAAAAAAGAAAAAAAAGUUGACAAGAAAAGAUGUCGAGCGGGCUUUCGGUGUAUUAAAAAAGAUGGUCUAUCAUUGCCCAGCCGUCGAGGAUACUUGA